AUGACCAACGGAUCCCAAUCCGCAGGCCCCACUGCAGCCAUGGUAGCGAUCUCGGGUACCGGUAGCAGCAUUGGCUCGGCGCAAAAUACGACGGAUUUGGAGGCGGAUGAGGAAGCCCAUGGUGGUCUAGAGGAAAGCGAUACCGAGCAGGUGACAAAAUCAUUUGGUAUUAUGAAAGUCGAUAAUAACAAAUCAUACUAUGUAAGCGAAGCCCAUUGGGCGGCUGUCCUCAGCGAUAUAGCAGAAGUUCGUAACUACUUUGUUACGCAUAAGAAGCAAUAUGAGGAGCAAGCAGAGAAGCUCAAGACAACCAUGCCGCCGACUGAUGUUUCGGGUUCUGCCUUGCUCUUUGGUGUCAACAAACCGGCUACCCGUGAAGAAAUCAUGUCGUCCUUUCCUUCCAAAUACACUACAGACAUCCUAAUCGCUCGCUACUUCAGCUGUUAUGAUCCAGUAACACAUAUCCUUCAUGGCCCUACUUUUCAAACACAGUAUAAUAAAUACUGGGAAGACCCUUCGGAGACCUGUAUCGUUUGGAUUGGCAUGCUAUUUGCUAUGAUGCGACUUGCUAUGCUGUCAUAUCACAGAGAAGGAGACGAACCUCCGGAGUUUAGGGGGAAGUCUCUGCAUAUGGCCGGUACCUUCCGAAAUCUAAUGGCACAAUGUCUUACUUUGGCCGAUUACACUAAACCUUAUCCGUACCUGAUUGAAUCACUAAUAUUCCACCUUCAUGGGGAUUAUUGCCAAACCAAGGAGGCGGAUGUAUCUGUGUGGGUGCUUAUAGGGGUGAUCACAAGGUUUGCCAUGAGAAUGGGGUAUCAUCGGGACUCCAAAAUGUUUCCCAAUAUUACGCCUUUCCAAGGAGAGAUGCGACGGCGAGUCUGGGCUUUUGUGCGCCAGGCCGACCUGUUGUUCUCCUUCCAAGUCGGCCUACCUAGUAUGAUUCGUUCAUCAGACAGCGAUACUGAAUUGCCACGGAAUCUGUACGACGAUGAUUUUGAGGAGGAUUGCGCGGAACUCCCCCGGUCACGCCCACCCAAUGAGCCGACACCGAUCUCGUUCCUGAUCGCCAAGACACGCCUAUCGUUAGUUUUUGGGCAUGUCGUUGAACAAUCUUCUCCCCUCCUGAGUGUGUCCUACGACAAGGUUAUGGAGAUUGACGCAGAACUUCGUCGAGCAAGGGAUCUUGUCCCGGAGCAUCUAGUUGUUCGCCCUGUUGAGGAGUCGCAUUUAGAUCCUUUGAGCGUAGUAAUGUCACGGUACACGGUCAUGAGUGUUUACCACAAGGCUCAAAUUGUUCUCCAUCGACGCUAUCUCGUUAGAGCCCGCGAAAAUCCACGGUUCACCUAUUCUCGAAGAUCGUGCAUUGACUCGGCGAUGGAAUUAUUACACUUCCAGUCAAUGCUCCACGCUGAAUGUCGUCCCACGGGCCGUCUGCAAAGCAAACAGAAUCGAGUCGCUGCUCUAUGUUCCACAGAUUUCCUGCUGGCUGCAACCAUUGUGUGUCUCGACCUUUACCAUGGCCACCAAUUACAAGCAGGAGGGCGAGCUUCAGGUGAUACCUUCGCUUGGGGUAGGGAACGCCGCGAUGAAAUGUUGGCUGCCAUACAGUGCUCUAAGGAGAUCUGGGACGAACUUAGGGACGAUGCGUUGGAAGCCUGGAAGGCUUCUGGUGCGCUCGGGGUGAUGCUUUCUCGACUAAACCUGGGAUUCUCCGACGGCAACACAGCUGCACCGACCUUUGAACCGCAGGAUGAGAAACAGAGUGCAGCAAUGACACUGGGAUUACUCAGUAGCGGGAUGACUCCCAUGAACCAAGGUCCUUCUCCCUUCAAUGAUGGCUCACUCAAGAUGGAAACAUCGUUACCGAUGUCGGGAGGGUUUGGAACGACAACAGCUGAUGCCAAUGGGGCUCCUUCACCUUUCAGUUCUAUGUUUGGGCAAAUGCCAGACAUGCAGCUCAAUUUGGAUUGGAAUGCUUGGGAUACUUACAUUCAGAGUUCGACACUCGAUCUCUCAAACCAGUGGUGGCCAACAGUGGAUAUGCAACAACAGCCACAGCCGCAACAGAUUUCAAACCCGCUAUCUCCUACCCAGUUGCCGACAACACAGAAUAAUGCAGCAAGCAGGUCACGGCCACGGCCAUCAUUCCCGAACAUCUUUUCUCCCGAAAACACUAGCUUUGAUAAUAACAACCCAAAUGCGACUGGUGUUUAA